ACUAAAUCCUGGAAAAAUCGUUGGGAUCUCGCUGUUUCGGAUUUCGGAUCCGACAAAAAUCUUCGCCGGCGCCUUCGAAAAUCUCGAAGACCGACAUGGGAGGAGAAAACAAAUGGAAAAGCUCGGAGAUCGGCGAGCUCGCCGCCGAUAAUUCUUUGGAGAAUCGCAAUCGCCUGGUUGCUGAUUUGGAUUUCUCGACGUUUGAACGAGGAUCAUCUUCUUCUCCGGAUCGAAAGCGAGAUGAGAGAAGGGCGGAACUACCAGAUAGUGCAAUCGAAGUUGCACUCAGGAGGUUGGAAGAGCUCAGGAUCAAGGGAGAAGAGCCGCAGCUUUCGGAGGAAGAGAUAAGCUUCAACGAUCAGCGGCAGGAGGACGAGAUGCUAGCAUUGAAGGCAAUAUAUGGAGACAGUGUUGUAACUUUAGAUAGAAAGGGAGGCCUACGUUUGUUUCAGAUCCUGAUUCAUUAUGAAGUUCCUGAUGAUUUUAGUGUAUCUGCAAAGCUCGAAGGAAACUGUGAAGCCGGUUACGGGGAAGAUGAGAAUUCAGAUAGCUUCCUGUACACUUUCAAAGUUCAGUAUCUGCCCCCAGUUGUCUUGACUUGCUUGUUGCCUGUGUCAUAUCCCAGUCAUCAUGCCCCAUAUUUCACAGUCUAUGCUCCAUGGUUAGAUUCAAUAAAGAUUUCCAGUAUUUGCCGCAUGUUGGACGCUAUUAUGAUGGAGCAAGAAGGGCAAGAGGUUAUAUACCAGUGGGUUGAAUGGCUGAAAAAUUCUUCCCUUUCCCACCUUGGCUUUGAAGAUGGAGUUAUGCUUGGCGCAUAUGACAAGUCUGAGAAUAGAGAAAUCCGUGCGAUCUCUAGAAGCAUCUCACUGGAGCUUGUCAUUCCUUUCAUGAUUGGUUACAACGAUGAGAAAAGUCGUGAAGUUUUUCUCAAAAAUUUGCAGCUAUGUAUAAUAUGUUUUAACGAGUACGCAGGAAUCAACUUUGUUAGACUUCCAUGUCAGCACUUCUUUUGUUUCAAUUGCAUGGAAAAAUAUUCUAGGAUGCAUGUGGAUGAACGAACCGUGACUAAAUUGCUCUGCCCCGAGACAAAAUGUGUUGGUCUUGUUCCUCCCAGCUUACUACAAAAGCUACUUGAUAGUGAAACAUUUAAACGGUGGGAGGAGUUGACACUGCAGAAAACACUGGACUCAAUGACAGAUGUUGUCUAUUGUCCCAGAUGUGAAACGGCAUGCUUGGAAGAUGAGGAUAAUCAUGCACAAUGUUCAAAGUGUCUCUUCAGCUUUUGUUCUCUUUGCAGAGAAAGACGCCAUUUAGGCAUAAAGUGUAUGACUCCAGAGACGAAGCUUCUAAUUUUGCAGGAGCGCCAAAGUUCGUCUAGUAUCAAUGAUAUCCAAAGGAAGAAGGAGCUUGAAAUGAUAAAUGACAUACUUAACACCAGGGAAGCACUUCGUGAUGCCAAACAAUGCCCCUCCUGUAAAAUGGCUAUAUCACGCACAGGAGGUUGCAACAAGAUGGUUUGCCAGAAUUGUGGAAGUUACUUCUGCUAUAAUUGUUGCAAGGUCAUUGAUGGAUAUGAUCAUUUCAAGGAGGAGUGCCAACUUUUUCCACGUGAAGAGAUAUUGGCCUGGGAAGAGCAUAUUAAUCCACGGCAAAUGUUAGGGCAAUUACAAGCUGAAUUGCAUCCUGAUGCUGCCAACAUGUGUCCCAAUUGUGGCCAAAUGAAUGCAAAGAUAGGGAAAAACAACCACAUCUUCUGUUGGGCAUGUCAAACACACUACUGUGCUUUGUGUCGGCAGAAUGUUCGACGUACGUCAGAGCACUAUGGUCCCAAAGGCUGCAAACAACACACAUAGGCUUUGUUUGGACGGUUUUUUAACUGCUUCUUGAAUCAGCUUUCUAUUAUAAAAAUUUUAAUUUUUAUACUAAAAAACUGCUUCAAGCAGCAGUAAAAAAGCCGCCCCAAAACAAAACCUUAAAAUCCAUGAAAUAUGUAGAUUCCAGAAUUGGAAAAGAUGGGCAAGCAUCAAAAAUCCAAUCU